AUGGGGGUCGACAGUGACGACGAGGAUCUCGUAGUCUAUGGGACGCCCAUCGAGCGAGAGGAGGACACCUCCGCCCGCAAGCGCCGUGCCGUCGCCGAGGCUGGUCAACUCCGCGCCCUCCCUGCCUGGAAGCAGGAGGUGAGGGAUGAAGAAGGAAGAAGAAGAUUUCAUGGCGCAUUUACUGGUGGAUUCUCUGCUGGCUUUUACAAUACUGUUGGCUCAAAAGAGGGGUGGACACCACAGACAUUUACAUCAUCACGAAAGAAUAGAGCUGAGCUGACAAAGCAAAGCUUAUACAAUUUUCUUGAUGAGGAGGAUAUAAAGGAUAUGGGUGGUAAUGCUUUGGAGACAUCUCAGCAGUACGAUACCUUUGGUUUUACAGCUGCAGAGUAUGCUCGAAAACAGGCAUCCAAGGAACAAAAGGAGAGACCAUCUGCUAUACCUGGUCCCAUACCUGAUGAAUUGGUGGUCCCCACCACAAAUUCAAUUGGUGUGACAUUGUUAAUGAAAAUGGGUUGGCGCCAAGGACGCUCUAUCAGGGACUCACAUGCUGAUUCCUUAUAUGAAUCACGCAGGAACGCUAGAAAAGCUUUUCUUGCUCUCUCUGGUGCCAAGGAUGAUGAGGAUCAAGAUCAAAGUGCCGAAAACCCUAGCUUAGAUAAAGCUGUUGUGGGGUCGGUCGAGGAAAUACCUGUAUCUGGAAAUACCCCUGUCUACGUGCUUCAUCCAAAGCAGGAUUUUCAUGGAUUAGGUUAUGAUCCAUUCAAGCAUGCUCCUGAGUUUAGAGACAGGAAAACAUUGCAGAAGUCAAGAGAGAGGGACCACAAACGAAAUGAUGUUUCAAUGAGGGGAAAUCUUAUGAUUUCUAAUUCAGGACAUUAUGCUCCUGGUUUUGGGAUUGGAGCUCUUGAAGAGCUUGAUGUUGAAGAUGAAGAUAUUUAUGCAUCAGGUUUUGCUUAUGAACAAACUGAAGUUGAUAUUGAGCCUUCAAAAGCAGCCAGUGACAGUAAUUACAAACUUGAUGACAGAAAAAGAGGUUUCUACCUGAGCUUUAAGAUUGCCUCAAAUUCUGAGUACAAACUUGAACGAUUCCUUCCUCCUGAGAUCCCUGAUGAUUUUGAUGCUCAACACAAAUUUCCAACUCCAGUUCAAUCUGCAGAGAAGUUUUCUGACUCAGCUCCUCUUGAGGUUCCUCCUCCAGAAGACACUAGCUUGACACUAUUGAUUGACGGCUGUGCAGCUAUGGUUGCACGUUGUGGGAAACAUAUUGAAGAUUUCUACAAGGAGAAAAGUAAGACAAACCCGCAGUUCCUUUUCCUUAGUGGAGGAGAUGGCUGUGACUAUUAUAUGAGAAAGUUAUGGGAGCAUCAGCAAAAACAUAUUGGUCAGCAAAGGCAUGAUUCUGCAAAAUCAAAGACUUCUUUUGACAAGUUGACGGCAGAGAAUCGUGGGAAAAUUCUUGGUGAAAGGCCCCUUGAUAGAACUACUAAACUACAUAGCCCAUCUCUUUCUGCGAAGGAAGCUGUUCAACUGCAAUCUAAUCUUAUUGACACAUUUGUCAAGCCAAUAUCCAUUGAUGGCCUACCAGAGUCUGAGAAGCCUUUUAGCAAUGAUCCUGCCAAACAAGUUAGGUUUGAGCAAUUUCUUAGAGAUAAAUAUAAGGGAGGUCUUCGUGCUGCAAAUGUUACACCUACAAGUACUAUGUCAGAAGCUGAUCGCGCUCGAGAAAGGCUUGAUUUUGAGACUGCUGCAGAGGCAAUUGAAAAGGGCAAGGGAAAAAAGGUUAUUGAUCCUUCGUCAUUGUUCUCUUUGCCUGGAAUGAAUGAGCAACGUUUUGUAGUGGCAACUCAACCAGAGAGCUCUGUAGUGAUUCAAGAUGAGAAGCCCAUCUAUCCACAAAGGGAACAGUUUGAAUGGCGGCCUUCACCAAUACUGUGCAAACGUUUUGAUAUUGUUGACCCUUUCAUGGGGAAGCCAAUGCCUGUUCGAAGACCAAGGAGCAAGAUGGAGAACCUUAUCUUUAUGACAGAAUCCAAUAAAGGAACAAAGGAUGAAGUGGAGAGCUCGAGUAGGAGUUCGCAGCAUGCUUCUAUGGAAGCGGCUAUCUUUUCUGAUGACUCAGAUGAUGAUGUGGAUGAAAUUCUUAGUAAUCAACCUGUGGAUCCUGUGAAGACAAGUGAAGGUGCCAACAUGGCUCUCAAUCGUCUUGUUGCUGAGGAUUUCCUAGAAUCAUUGGGUAAAGAACUGGGAUUAGAGGUCCCACCAGAAAGGCCUCAUGUUUCAUCUAAACCUGAAAAACUUUCAGCUGCUGGUGCCAGUCUCCCAUCCCAGGAUGAAAGGAUGACAACUGCUCUCACCAAAGUAAACGAGAAUCAGUGCUCUAUUGGCAUGGUGCAAGUUGGCAAUAUUAAUGAAGAUGCUCCAUUAGCCAGUGCUGAAACCCUUGGUAUGAAAUAUGAGAAGCAGGAGAAUAGAACCGAGAAAAACAGGUCUCGCCCUAUGCAUCUGCAAAGCCAGAACCAUAGUCCAAGGUCUGAUUCAUCUAGUGAACGGCAUAGGAGUUGGAAAAGGAGAUCACAUCGUCACAUCCGGAAUGGAACUCCAGAAUCUGAGUCCUCUGGUGAACGCCAUAGGAGCAGAAGAAGAAAGAAGUCUCAUUCAAGACACAGAAAAGGCAGGAGUAGAAGCCCGGAUAGUGAUACUCCCAGUGAUACCCAACAUGAGAGAAAACGCAAGGAGAAAAGGCAUCGCCGAACUUACACAUCUGAUACUGAUUCUAGUGAUCAUGAACACACGGAAAGAUAUAAAUCUAGUAGUAGGCGAUCUUCUGACAAAGAUAGAAGUAGAAAGCGUAAUAUACACCACAAGCACAGAAGAAAAGAUCAUGUAGAUUAUUCAUGA